GAGGAUGCGAAGGGACGCACUUAACCGUAUUCAUCUCAGCCCAAUGCAAUGCAAUGUCUCUUAUAAAUUCAUCUCCCACUGGCAUUUCUCCUUGUCUUUAAUACUGGAUUCGUUGACAGAAUCGGAACUCCCUUUUCCGAAGUCCCCGGCUACUUUCCGAUGACUUCUCCGGCUAGGGCUGAGGACACAAGAAAAAAUGAGGCAGAACCAUUAAGUCUUCGUAACCAGAUUCUCGAUGUGGCUCCCAUCAAUAGCAUGCCAUAUAUUGGUCCACCUCUACCACACAGCUACAUUCCUUCUUCUCCGCGAGCAGAAGAUCCCGAGGCUGUGGUGAAUGUUGGGCCAGCUAUGGUAUAUUGUCCUCUAACAACCCAUCAAGAGUGGGAUAAUAUUGUAUCUUCCACCAAAAGCGGGGUUGCCCUCACCGGGACUGCAGCCAUGGGAAAAGUUGGACCAGUUAUCGGACGUGUGGACAUCGGUGAGAAUGACAAUUCGUACUUCUUCCGUGUCUCUCUUCCAGGGGUGGCUAGAGAUCAAACAGACAGUUUCAGCUGUGACAUGGACCCGGACGGGAAAGUGAAAAUAAUAGGAGUAACGACGACAGGCGAGAACAUAGUAUGUAAGAAUUCACAAGUGUUUCGGAUGCAGUCGAAAAAUCUAUGUCCACCAGGUCAUUUCUCUAUCACUUUUCAGCUACCUGGUCCUGUCAAUAACCUGCAAUUUUCUGGUGCUUUUGGGGCAGAUGGGAUUUUAGAAGGCAGUGUAUCUAAAGGGUGAUCAACAGGCUUAAAUAGAGGGGGUGAGGCCUUUCUGAUAAGGAAACAGGCCUAUUAGGAAAGAACUUAAUUUUUGCUCUGAUUCCCUAGGAGAUGCUUUGGAAGGACCUGCUGAAUUUUGUUUGGCCUAGCUUACUAAGCGCGGGUUCUCUUAUGACAUCUUGGUCCAGGGGUCUUGGCUGAGCUUACUAAGCGUUGGUUCUCGAACCGGCCAAAACAACCCCUUCGAAUCUGGAGAACGUGAAACAUCAGGUCAUUUUACAUCUUGGUCCAAGGGUGUUGGCUUAGCUUACUAAGCAUUGGUUCGAGAUCGGCCGAGCAAUCCCUUCGGACCUAGAGAACGUGAGACGCUGGUCUAUAAUUCUUCAUUCCUCUCUCUCUCCCUUUCCCACUCAUUGAUUGAGUACUAUCAUUAGAUCCUUUUUUGGAUUAUAAUCAAUUUCAAGUAACCCAUCAUCAAAUUAAAAAGAUCUUUGAAAAUUGUC